GGAGCGCGCGUGCGCGGGGAGGAUGCGGCCGGGCUCGGCCCCCGCUGCGGCGCUGACGGACGUGGUAAUUCUAGAAGCUAUGGAUAUACUCUUUAGAAUAAGAGGAGGCUUGGAUCUUGCAUUUCAGCUAGCAACUACUGAUGAGGCAUCAACAAAAAAGGCAUUAGGAUAUGUUUUCAGUGAUCUUGCAAACAAACUGUCCUCAGAUGUUCUUGUAUUAAGAAUUUGCCACAGUUCAGUCUAUGUGUGGCCUAACAGUGGUAUGAACACUGUUCCAGAGCUGACUGAUGAUUCUGCCUGUAAGGAGAUAAGACGAUUUAUACAAUUUGAUCAAGAUGAUGAGACCAAACGAAAGCUUGGCAAAAAAAAGGAUAAAAAGUUACAAGAUACGCAGAUAGUCAAUAUAGACCUCAUGUUGGAAAUGACAUCUUCAUUAGCUGCUUUGACUCCAGUCAUUGAAAAGGAAAAUAAGGAACACCACUACAUAAAUAUGACAUUACCAGUUGACGUUGUUGUAUCUGUUUCUCCAGAAGAAACAUGGGGAAAGGUACAAAAUCUCCUGGUGAAAGCAAUUCACAGGCAAUUAACUGACAUGGAAAGAUGUAUCAUGAAAUAUAUGAAGGGAACAUCAAUUGUGGUACCAGAACAAUUUCAUUUCAUGUUACCAGGAAAAAAUCACCUUGCAACAAUCUCGUAUCCUACAGGUAUUUCAGAUGAUCAGCUGGAAAGUUACAGAAAGGAAUUGCAUGGGUUGUUCAAUCUGCCUUGUGACAGACCAUAUUUCAAGAGAGCAAAUGCUUACCAUUUUCCAGAUGAACCAUAUAAAGACGGAUAUCUCAGAAAUCCACAUUUGCAUCUUAAUUCACCUGGUACAGAGUCUGGUAUGAUUUAUUUAGUAUAUGGUGUAUAUAGUUAUCACCACUAUAUGCAGGAUCGGAUUGAUGACAGUGGUUGGGGCUGUGCCUAUCGGUCUUUGCAGACAAUCUGUUCUUGGUUCAAGCACCAAGGUUACAUUGAUAGACCUAUACCAACACACAAGGAAAUUCAACAGGCACUGGUUGAUGCUGGAGACAAGCCGGCAGCAUUUGUUGGGUCACACCAAUGGAUUGGUUCGAUUGAGGUACAGCUUGUUUUGAACCAGCUUUUUGGAAUAACAUCAAAAAUAUUAUUUGUCAGCCAGGGUUCUGAACUAGCAUUGCAGGGAAGAGAGCUUGCUAAUCAUUUCAAGACUGAAGGAACUCCAGUUAUGAUUGGUGGAGGUGUUUUGGCUCACACAAUAUUAGGAGUGGCUUGGAAUGAGAUUACAGGGCACAUAAAAUAUUUGAUUCUAGACCCACAUUACACUGGAGGAGAAGAUCUGCAUGUUAUUUUGGAAAAGGUGAGGCUUGAUGUACAUAUAUAUAUAUAUAUACACACAUAUGUAUGUAUAUAUGUAUAUUUUGGCAUUAAACAAAUAAUGUACAGCCAAAUACAAAUUGGCCAUUCUAUGGCAUCUCCAUUCCUUACGGAGGCAGUGCAGAUCCCAGUUAACCUGCAUAUAUGCUACUCUACUGUUAGCUUCUGAAACUUGUUGUCGUUAGAGAAGAUAUAUUGGGUCAGCAACCACAUAAAGUUGUUAUAGUACAAAGAAAUGUUCUUCACUGUCUCUGAAUUAAACCAUCUCCCCUUUUACCCAGUAGUAUAUACAAUAAAUGUGUUUGGUAUUUUGAAUGGAACAGAAAAAUCUGUUCAGCCUGUAAAAUGUUGUUAAUGAAGCAGAGAAGAUAACCAUUUAUUUAAAAUGUAAAUUUUAUUUUUUUAAAAUCCAACACUAGCCAUUCUCAGAUCAGGCCUUGAACUAAGUUUAAAGGGCAGGUACUGAGCUGUUUUGAAAAACUGGGAAAACUCUAAAGCACUAAAGGAUAUGUACUGUUAUAUCCAUAUUUAAAGCUACUAAAAGGGAUGACACAGCACGUUACAAAACAGUAAACAUAUAGUGUCAGAAAUGUAAACUCUGGCUAAAUCAUCCUACAUGUGUUAAGUAAUCAGUUUCUUUUCUGUUCUUCGUGUUAAGUUGCAAAUAGCAACUUUUAUUUUGUAUCUUUAUUUGACACCCUUGGGUUGGGCCCAACUAGAAGAGCUGUUGAAGAAACAUUUUGCUAGCCCUAUAAUGAUUAAAGCUUGAAAUGAGUACAGAAAGUAAGUUACUUCCAACAAACAUGUAGAACCAAAGGCUGUUACAGCUACAAGGUGCUCAGGAAUGGUCCAGGAGGAUAAAAUGUGUGCAGAACCCCCUUUCCUCACCCAAAGUGGUAGGGUAGGGGAGGAAUUGAGGUGGACUGAAAGUUUGUAGCUCUUUUCAAAAGCACCUCAUAUACUUAUGUAGUACUCUGCCAUCUUAAGAGCUUUGUUUUGACUGUUUUUCUGCUAAAUCAUGAUCAACAGCACACCUUCUGAUAUUAAGAACUUUGCCUCUGAAAUAUCAACUAUUACUAAAGAGGGCAAGCAUUCAAGACAAGAGAAAUGGAAACUGCGAGAAUGAUAAGAGUUUCAGAAUAAUAUUAGUCUCUCUGUAGCAGCAGCAGGGAUGGAGGGGGGAGAUGCUACUGUUUUGGAAGUGAGCUAGGGUGGGGAGGGAGGAAGGAGGAGAGAGAGACUUUGCAAAGUGUUUUCUAUUAAUGUGUUUCCAGGCAUGUAGAGAACUUUCUGAAAAUUGUGUGUUGUUGCAUUCUAUAGAUAUUUGAAAAUAAUUCAUACAGCUUAGAUUAAAAUUAGUAAAAUAAAAUAGAUCCAAUAGUAGUAGAUAGGAAAAACAGAAUUCUUAGUAGAUUUAAAUGCUGUCUUGCUUUUUCU